CAACAAGCCAACACAUCAAUAUCUACAAUUAAAUCGAUAGUCUUUCGCAUUCUUCCAACCAAUCUUCACCACUUCGCAACAUAUUCCACGUUAAGAAUCAUAAUCCUUCGACCAAUCACCUCUAAACAUCCAAAAUGGUUUCUUUCACCCAAAUCGCCGCAGUAGCCACAGCCUUCGCCAGCAUGAGCAACGCCUUGGCCGUCCAGCGCGACUCAUCCGUCGUCAAAGAUCGCAACGCAGGCACAGGCACAGCAUGCUGUGUUGGUGGUACCGGCUGUAACUCAGUCUCUGGAACAGCCCCUACCGGACAGACGUGGGAAUACUGUUGGUAUUCUGGAAAUGAAAAGUUCACAGCCGCUGAAAAAGACAUGACCACAUGUCUCACUGGAUUGCACACCAGCCAAAAUUCAGCAUGCAUUAGUGGCGAGGGGUCUCCAUGUGCCAACGGAAACAGUUUGCUCCAGGCCGCUCAGAACACUAUGCUGUGGGGAAACCAUCAGCUCAGUGAAGACGACAGGCUUGCCAUUGUGGAUGCAGCUAUUGCCGCCUCAGAGAACGGCGAUUUUUCAUACAGUCUGAAUCCUGAUGCUGGUGACCAUCUUACCUUUACUCACACAGCUGAGAACGGGUCGGGAAUCAAUGGGAUUGAAAUGUAUGGCAAUGACUUCAAAUGCUAGUCGGGCCUAUAGGCUCUAAUACCGGUUUGCCUGGUGUUGCUAUAUCACUGCAUGGAGCAUAUUUGUAUGGUUAAAUGAAUAGGAU